AAAACACAAACGAAAGAAGAAUCAUCCGGGAGCUUGGUAACAAUGGCCUGUACAACUACGUGGCAUUGUCACUGUUUUCUGUUUUUUCACUACUUUUCCUGAAAAAUAAUUAGAUAGUUUUCACGUGCUUCAAAAAGCGCGUAACUUUGUUAUAUUGUUAACAAGUUCUUUCGGAUUAUCUACGUUUUUGGAAAGUGUUAAAGUAUCUUUAAAUAUUGAUUCUUCACUGGUCUGACUCACUGAUAAUUCAGUACCAAAGAUUUAAAGAUGGCGUUCAGUGCGUCGCCAAGAAAUCAACGUCCAUACUUUCAACCGCAGUCUUCUGGUAUGGUGAAUGGUAGUGAUUCGCACAUGUUCCCAGGUUAUGGUCAUCAAAAUCAAGCAAGAGGCCAUUUAGGCAAUUUUCAACAGCAACCUCAGAUACCUCAGAUGAAGGAUGUUCAUGGAAUUCAACGACCAAUGAUUCAACAACAGACACCCUCACAAAUGCAGCCACACACACAAAUGCACCCAUCAAUGAUUCAAAGGCCAUCUUUAGGGCCUAAUUUCACUCAACAUCAGUCAACUGGAAUUCCAUCUCAGAUUCUUGAAAAAUCAAUGGGAAAUCUACAGAUCAAUAGUGGUCAACAUAAUUUGCCACAAGGAAGCCGUCCAGGUGUACCAGGCAUGCAUCCUCAACAAUCUAAUUCACCAUUGCCUCGUGUUGGAAUGUCAGGAAACUACAGGAGUGAACAGCAAAUGCCACUACAUCAGCCAGCACCAAGAAUGUCUACUAGUGUUUAUCAACCUUCAAUAAGACCUCCCGGUCCUGUUUUUCAUGGUGGUAUUCCUGGUACUGCCUCUUCAGUUCCUCAACAAUUUCCUGGUAUGGUUAACUCCAUGCAAGGUUCACCACAACCAAAUAUGAGUUCCAUUGGAUCUUCCGGAUCCCGGAUGCCUGGUCAUGCCCCAGGUCAGCCCAGAGGUAUACGUCCACACUCACAAAUUCCUCCCACACAGACUUUUCAACGUCCCCCAAUGACCAAUCCUGGCAUGACAACAAUGCCAAGCAGUCCAGGUCUUCCUACUUAUCCAUCUCCAACUGCUCAACCUGCAAUGAAUUUAUCAGGACCUAUGCCACCAAUGGCAGGUGCAAAUAGUCAGCAGCCCAACCAUAAUAUGCCAGGUUAUGGUCCAGGACCUGGACAUACUCGACCUAUGCCCUCUGGAGGAAUGGGAAUGAAUUCAUCAAGAAGAAUUGAUCCGGAUCAAAUACCCAGUCCUAUUCAAGUAAUGAAAGAUGAUCAAAAUAAUUUCAAUGACGCAGCAUUUAACACAAGUAUACGUGGCAGAGUACCACCACUCGUUACUACAAAAUGCGUUAUUCGUGAUGAUGGAAAUUGCAGUCCUCAAUACAUUCGAUCUACUCUGUACAAUGUACCCAACAAUCAAGAUGUUUUGAAGGCAUCGGGCGUUCCUUUUGCUGUAUCUCUUUCGCCAUUCGCCGAAUCAUUACAAGACGAGAAUCCUCUUCAGUUGGUUAAUCAUGGCGUCAACGGUCCGGUUAGGUGUAAUCGCUGUAAAGCAUAUAUGAAUCCUUUUAUGCAGUUUAUCGAUGGUGGAAGAAGAUUUGUCUGUAACAUUUGCAAUUAUUCUUCAGAAGUUCCACAGGAAUAUUUUUCCCAUUUGGACCAUCAAGGAUUGAGGGUGGACAUGUAUCAGCGUCCAGAGUUAUGUUUAGGCUCGUACGAAUUUCUUGCAACAACAGACUACUGUAAGAAUCAAAAACCGACGCAACCACCAGCUUAUAUAUUCAUGAUCGAGGCGUCAUAUCAGAGUAUCCAAUCAGGAAUGUUACGUAUAUUAGUUCGAGAAAUUCCUGCUUUGUUGGAAAGAUUGCCAAAAGAACCCGGACAAACGUCAUCUUCCAUCAAAGUUGGCUUCGUGACCUACAACUCUACGUUACAUUUCUACAAUGUCAAGUCAAAUCUUGCGCAGCCUCAAAUGAUGAUUGUAUCAGAUGUUAAUGACGUGUUUGUGCCUCUACUUGAUGGAUUUUUGGUUGACGCAAAGGAUUCCAAAACGGUUAUUGAAAGUUUGAUGGAACAAAUAUCAAUAAUGUUUGCCGAAACAAGAGAAACCGAAAUUGUUUUAGCUCCAGUUGUACAAGCUGGACUUGAUGCAUUACAGUCUGCAGGUAUUUCUGGCAAGCUACUAGUAUUUCAUACUACGUUACCUGUAUCUGAAGCUCCUGGCAAAUUGAAAAAUAGAGAAGACAGGAAAUUACUGUCAUCAGACAAGGAAAAAACAAUUUUGUGUCCCCAAACUAACUUCUAUGAGAAACUAGCAAAGAGUUGUGUGGAAUCUGGAGUUGCAAUCGAUCUCUUUCUUUUUCCCAAUUCAUAUAUCGAUGUCGCUACCAUUGGUGCUUUGACUUCAAUUACUGGUGGACAAUUGUACAGAUACAGCUAUUUUAAGGAAAGUACGCAUGGGGAACAGUUUCUGCAAGAUUUGAUUGAAAAUAUCGAACGGAAUGUCGGACUUGACACCAUCAUGAGAUUAAGAACUAGCGCGGGUCUUCGGCCUUGUGAAUUUUAUGGUAAUUUCAACAUGAACAAUACAACUGAUGUGGAGCUUGCGUUGGUCAAUUCUCGUACGUCAAUUAUAAUUGAAAUCAAACACGAUGAUAAACUUGCAGAAGACAGUGUCGCCUACUUGCAGUGUGCUCUUUUGUAUACAAGUGUUGGUGGUCAACGACGUCUGCGGAUUCAUAAUCUUGCCCUCUCAACUUGCUCGCAACUCACAGAUCUCUUUCGAUGUUGUGAAAUGGACACGUUUGCUAAUUACGUUGCAAAACGUGCCAUAAAAGAGGUGACAACAUCAGUUCCUAAAACGAUACGCGAGAAUAUUGUUAAUCAAGCUGCGUCUGUACUUGCUUGUUACCGACAGAAUUGUGCAGCACCCUCAUCUGCUGGACAAUUGAUCUUACCGGAGUGCAUGAAAUUACUUCCACUGUAUACCAACUCUAUCCUGAAGAGCGAUGCUUUGAUUGGAGGGUCUGAAAUGAGUUCAGAUGAUCGUAGUUGGUUGAUGCAGACAGUUCUUGGAAUGGACAUUUCAUCCACUGUCGCGUAUUUCUACCCUCGUCUUAUUCCUGUGCAUGAUGUAAAUGUGAAUGACACAAACAUUCCUCCACAAAUUCGUUGCUCCGAGGAAAGGAUGAAGGAAAAUGGCGUAUAUUUGCUAGAGAACGGUAUUAUUUUGUUCUUGUGGAUUGGUCUACAUGUCAGUCCAGAAUGGCUUCAACAAGUCUUUGCUGUAGGAACUAUUGGCCAUGUCGACAUUGAAAUGACAAGUUUGCCAGAUGUAGACACUCCAAUGUCUAGGCGUUUACGCGGAAUUGUUGCAGAAAUCCAUAACGAAAGGAACAGAUACAUGAAGAUUUCAAUUGUUCGCCAACGAGACAAAAUGGAACCAUGGUUCAAGCACUAUUUGGUCGAAGACAAAGGUCUAUCAGCAAGUUGCCAGAGUUAUGUUGAUUUCCUUUGUGUUAUGCAUAAAGAAGUCAGGAAUCUACUAAAUUAAAGCGUAUUGGCGCCUUGGAAACAUUUUACAUAACAUGCUCAAAAUACGCACAGUCAGGUGCAAGGGAAGAUCUUUGUCUAAAAAUAUUAUAUUGAUGAUAAUACUAUUGUAAAAGAACGUAAAUAUGACGUUAUACAGAUUAUAUAAAAUAAUUUAAAAAUUCCUUUAGAGUUAAAUACCAAAAAGGUUAAAUAAAUACGUUGUGUGUGCAUUUAUUUA